UAAUUUCUUUUUUCCAGUAGCGUUUAAGGCGCAGAAGAGAAGACUAAGCGGCAAAUUUGUGUUUGUGAAAUUGGCGGUUCGAACCACACAGCUCAAAAAACCCUAACCACACAGCACUAGAGAAAACGAUUCGAAGGGGUUUUUGAUUACUGUUGAUGGUGAUCGCAGCAGAUAUGAGAUGCUUGAGAUGCUUCUACACUCGAGCCCACUCUCUUCUCCUCCGAUCUUCAACUCCGGUCACGAUUCCUAUUUCCCCCGUCCGUAACCGUAUCCGUCUCCGUCGCUUCUCAUCAUCUCCCAUCUCCUCCGUUUUCGACCUUCCCUCCUCUAAUCAGGACGCGAGUUCGAGCAGAGAAGAGAAAGACACCGCAAUUGGAUUCUCCGAUGAGAAAUCGAGAAAAGCCGGUUCAACUGCUCGGGGAUGGGAUCCAGGGGAAGUUGUUAUGAACAAAUCGAAGAAAGGCAAAUCGAAAACUGUUUGGGUUUGUGAGAGCUGUGGUCAUUCUGAUGGGCAAUGGUGGGGGAGUUGUCGUGCUUGUCACAAGGUUGGGACUAUGAAACGUUUCUCUGAUGCUUCUCAUUUAAGUAGUGCUAGUAGUAGCAAAGCUACUGGCUCUGGUCUUCAGGAGGGUACUGGUUUGUCUUGGUUACCUGACCAAGCAGGGGUGCAGCCUAAUCGAUUGACUGAUGUUAUUCGUGGGAUUACUCAGCAGCAAUGGCGAUUUUCUCUGCCUGGACUUUUUGGGAGUGAAGUUGGCAGGGUGCUUGGUGGUGGCCUUGCCCCAGGUUCCUUGAUUUUGAUUGGUGGUGACCCUGGUAUUGGCAAGAGUACCUUGUUAUUGCAGAUUGCAUCUAUAAUUGCUGAGGGGAGUGAAGUGGCCGAACCAGCACCAGUUCUGUAUAUCUCUGGUGAAGAGAGUGUCGAGCAAAUAGGAAGUCGGGCUGACAGGAUGAAAAUUCAAACUGAAGAGCUCUACCUGUUUUCGAGCUCUGAUCUUCAGGACAUUCUAAACAAAGCUCAUCGGCUAUCUCCCCGAGCUCUCAUCAUUGAUUCAAUUCAAACAGUUUACCUAAAAGAAGUGACUGGAAGUGCUGGUGGUCUCACACAGGUUAAAGAGUGCACAUCAACCCUGUUGCGUUUUGCUAAGAAAUCUAAUGUCCCUGUUUUCUUGGUUGGACAUGUUACGAAAGCGGGAGAUAUUGCAGGACCUCGUGUUUUGGAGCACAUAGUAGAUGUUGUCUUGUACUUGGAGGGUGAAGAAUCAUCAACGUACCGCUUGCUUCGAUCUGUGAAGAAUCGGUUUGGGUCGACUGAUGAACUUGGAGUUUUUGAAAUGUCAAACUCAGGACUUGAAGUGGUCUCCAACCCUAGUGGAAUAUAUCUUAGUCAACAGAACCCAGAUUCAGAUGUUUUAGCUGGAUUAGCUGUAGCAGUUGUUAUGGAUGGAUCAAGGAGUUUCCUAAUUGAAAUUCAGGCAUUGUGUUCGCCUGGAUCAACAGUUUCAAGGCAUGUCAAUGGUGUUCAAGCUAGCAGAGCUGACAUGAUAAUUGCAGUUCUUAUGAAGCAAGCUGGUCUUAGAAUUCAGGAAAAUGGGAUUUUUCUGAACGUUGCUAACGGAAUGGCUCUUUCUGAGACUGCUGGCGAUCUUGCAAUAGCAGCAGCAAUUUGUAGCAGUUUCUUGGAGUUUCCAAUUCCUCACGGUGUGGCAUUCAUCGGUGAGAUUGGUCUAGGAGGCGAAGUUCGCACGGUACCAAGAAUGGAGAAGAGGGUGAGUACAGUGGCAAAGCUAGGCUUUAGCAAAUGUGUGGUUCCCAAAUCAGUGGAGUCGUCAUUAAAAGCGUUGAAUUUGAAAGAUAUUGAGAUUAUCGGAUGCAAGAAUCUGAAAGAGUUAAUCAAUGCUGUGUUUAGGGGAUGAUGUGAUUAAGCAAUUCUGUGUUCAAGGGAGACUGAGAUUAAGCAUUAACUCAAACUUUGUCUCUGUAGCAAUUCAAUACGGUUUAGUAUGGUUUGAUUUUUUUUUCCUGGUUUUAGUUUUAUCAGUUUUACAGAAACUAAAACCAGUUCAAACCAUUUGUAAUAUGGUUUAGUUUUAUUAAAUUCGGUUGAUGUUACAAUUAUAAAAUAUGAUUACAUAUGUUCAAUAGUCAAAUACUGUACAUGUA